UUGUUUGUACACUAUUGUGCAGUGACUGGGCAUGUAUGUCAGGGCGUUAUGCCUCUUUGCAUUUGUUUGGGAGUCUGAACUACACCUGGGUUAUCCGUCAUUGCAGAGACAAGAUACAUCCAUGAAAACUAUGACAGAACAAGAAUCAGAAGCUUGUUUGUCGGAACUUGUCGGAGAUAAAAAUGGAAAAAGUACAAAUCAGGAGAAUGUGGAACAAAGGAAGCCACAAUGGUCCAACAAGUUCCAGGGUAUCAUUGCAGUGCUUGGCUACUCCGUGGGCCUUGGCAAUCUCUGGAGGUUUCCAUAUGUCUGUCAAAAGAACGGAGGAGGGGCGUUCCUGAUUCCCUACGUCAUCUCAACAGCUGUGUUGGCAAUCCCGCUCUUCAUCCUGGAGGUUGCUCUUGGUCUUGGAUUUUGCAUACUGGCAGUUAGCUGUAUCAUCGUCCCCUACUACAGCGUGAUGUUUUCCUGGGGCGUCUACUACAUCUACAGCUCCUUCUCCGACGUCCUGCCCUGGACUACCUGUGGCAACCCCUGGAACACGCCACAGUGUGUAGUUGUAGGCGACACUGGAGUAAAUAAUUCUGUAUCCAUGAAACCAACUCAAGCCAGUGACACAUCUCCAUAUACAACUGCAAGCAUUGGAUACGCAACUUUUAACAGAACUCCAGAAUCUUCAAGUGUGUUUGGACACACAUCAACAGAGGAGUUCUGGCAGAACAAGGCUCUAGGUGUUUCGUCAGGGAUAGAUGACCUCGGCGCUAUGCAACCGCAUCUCGUCAUCUGCUGGUCCAUCGCAUGUGUUGCUGUUUUCCUAUGCGUCAUGAAUGGGAUCAAAUCCCUUGGAAAGGUGGUGUAUGUGACAGCGUUGAUGCCGUAUGUCCUGCUGCUAGUGUUGCUGGUGAGGUCGUGCAUGAUGCCGGGUGCUGUGGAUGGUGUUCUGUUUUACCUAACUCCGGACUUCACGCGUCUGCAGCAUCCUCAGGUGUGGUUAGAAGCCCUGGUGCAAGUGUUCUUUUCUGUUGGUCCUGCGUGGGGCGCCCUUAUUGUCAUGGCAAGCCACAAUUCCUUUCACUCGAAUCUCAUAAGAGACUCCAUCAUCGUGACCGUCAUAGGCGAGCUGACAAGUGUGUUUGCUGGUUUUGUUGUCUUUGCAACAGUCGGGUUCCUGGCUCAUAGUCUACAACAACCUGUGGCUGACGUUGUAACAUCUGGUCCUGGCAUUGGAUUCAUUGUGUACCCAGAGGCAGUUUCAUUACUGCCGUUUCCACAACUGUGGUCCGUGUUAUUCUUUGCAACAGUGUUGAUGAUGGUGGUUGACUCAACGUUGAGCCAUGUUGAGACAGCUGUUGGUUGUAUGGAAGAUCUGCUUCCGAGGCGGUUCCACGUCAAGCAUCUGCAGACUAUCAUGGCUGCUGUGUUCAUGGGGGUCGUGUGCCUUGCUGGUCUUGUGUUCACAACUCAUGGCGGAGUAUACGUGUUCCAGUUGCUUGAUUGGUAUUUGGGCGCUGUGGCCUGCUACGUCAUUGCUGUACUCGAGUGUGUAGCCGUUGGCUGGUGUUACGUGCCCUGA